GUAAUUGGGCGAGCGAGUUGCAGGUGCGAGUUAGAAGCGUUCAAGGCAAUCGUAGUUCUCUAGAAUAAACGUCAUCCGUGACAGUGAAAAUUACUUCGAGUGAAACCAGUGAGAAAAUCAUGUCCACCGACACAGCAGCCGACCAGUACGAUAGAUACAACUACGAGUACGACAAGUACAUCUUUUCCGGACACAGUGGAAAACAAAGGAGUAAGAAAGAAGCCGAGGAGCAUACCAACCACUUCGACCCCUCAGGACAUUCCAGAAAACUUCUGACCAAAAUGAUGAACACCGAGAAAAACAAGAAGGGGCAUUCGUCGACGUCACCAGUCCGAACAGCGAGGAAGUCCGAGAGUGAAAAUUGAGUGCGUUUGAGGUUUGAGUGGGCGACAUAACGGACUUCUAUGGACAAUUUUUGUACUGCGAACUGUGAUUUUUCAUGAAAAUGAGCUGCAAAAACCCAGUCUAGCGGCCAUGUUCUAUCGCGUAAAGGCCGGAAUAAAGGAUUGUGUUCAUUGAAUUGCAUUUCUUUAUUGUAUGUGUGGUUGGCUUGUGUUUUGAUAAUUUAUUAUUCAUGAUUUACAGAAUAUUUUUGUAAUGUUGAGU